AUGAAGCAACAUCAUUGUUGCGUCAGUGUAAUGCAGUAUCAGAAGAAACAUUACAGCACGUGUUGCUACGCGAACCUGCGCUGGCUGUCAACAGAAACAUCAAAGGGAGAAAAGAGUGAUAGUCACAGGAAAAACGAUCUGAUCAUCACCAACAAGUUCACGCAAGCAACCGGACGAGAAAACACGGGGAUUGGAGACAUGCAAAGGAAGUUAAAAAAGAACCAUAUAAACUGCACUUAUCGUGGUAGUCAGCGCACCUUGAAUCCCUUGCGGCAUAAAUUGGACAAUAUCCUAAAAAGGCCUGAUAUCGCAAUGAGGUGGAAAGACGUGGUUCGAGUGACCGGACUAAGUGAUCUAGAGGGAUUACUAUCAGUGUGCGGGAAAAUGAUAUUUGACCUUAAGACAGUUGAAUCAAUCAUAAGAACCCCGCAAAUAUUCAUUUGCUACGCCAUUUAG